GAACCGCGGCUCUGGUUCAGUAGUGGAGACUGUGAGCCCCGUUGUGUUGUGUGAGUGAAGCAGACACAACUCACGGCGUUUACUGCUUUUUUCUCAGCUUCACUCGGUACUUUCAAAUAAGUUUUGCGUGGAGGAGCGCUCGGCUUGGGACUUUAUAAGGACCUACGGGGUAUGAAAGUGGAGAGGACCCUUCCAACAAAGUAGAAGAGGGAGGCGGACCUGUACGUUUGAUGGCUGCUGGGGAUGGAGCCCAGCUGCCGGCCACAGUAGCGGCCAGCCGCAGCGUGGAGAAAGCGCUGGAAGACGCUGCAGCCAGCGGGGCUCUCAACCUGUCCAACCGAAAACUGAAGGAGUUUCCUCGCAGCGCCAAGAACUACGACCUGUCCGACAUUACACACGCAGAUCUGUCUAAGAACCGUCUGUGUGAUCUGCCGGAGGAGCUCUGUCAGUUCAUCUCUCUGGAGACGCUGAGCCUUUACCACAAUGGGAUGCGCUCACUGUGCUCCAGCCUGGGCAACCUGCAGGCCCUCACCUACCUCAACCUCAGUCGUAACCUCCUGUCCAGUUUACCCCCAUCGGUGUUCCAGCUCCCCCUCCUGCGAGUGCUUAUCGUCAGCAACAACAAGCUGUCUUCGCUGCCCGCCUCCAUAUUCUCCCUCACACACCUCCGCCAGCUGGAUAUAAGCUGUAAUGAGCUGCAGAGUUUGCCCGCAGAGCUCGGCCAGUUAGAGUGUCUGAGGGACUUAAACCUGAGGAGGAACCAGCUCACCACUUUGCCUGAAGAAAUCUCUGAGCUCCCUUUAGUCCGGCUCGACGUGUCCUGCAACCGGAUCUCCCACGUCCCCCUGUGCUACCGCCACCUGAGGCACCUCCAGAGCAUCUCUCUGGACAGCAACCCGCUGCAAAUGCCACCGGCUCAGAUCUGCUCCAAGGGCAAAUACCACAUCUUCAAGUACCUUAACAUGGAGGCCUGCAAGAGGAGCCAAGAGGAGCUGGAGAGACACCUGAGACCCACCGGCUUCAACAGCUGUCUGUCAGACCAGGAGCUGUUCGCAGGUCAGUUCGGAGGGCUGGACUCUGGCUUCAACAGUGUGGACAGCGGCAGCAAGAGAUGGUCUGGGAACGAGUCAGCUGAUGACUUCUCAGAGCGCUCUCUACGCAUGGCUGAGGUCAGCAGAGACCAGAGGAACCUGGAGGAGGAGGAAGAGGAAGAUGCAUCUCCUCUGCAAGCUAACAAAGUGAACGGAGAGGCUGAGCAGGUGGACUUCAUCGACAGCAGCGUGACAGAAGAAGAGGAGGAGGGUCCGCCCACACCUCCCCUCACAGCGCCUCCUCUGGAGCAGAAAGAGAGAUCGCCUCCCUCCCAAAACCAGGACUCCACGAUACACCGGUCCAGCCUCCAUGUGGAGGUGGCUCCCCCUUCAUCGGCCUCGUCGUCUCCCCUGUCCCCCUCCAGCCCCACCCUGGAGGAGCGCAGGAGGCCGGGUACGCUGUCCAUCUGGCAGGAGAGAGAGCGUCUGCAGCAGCAGCAGAAAGAGAAGACCAGUUUUCUGAAGUCAUCGACCAAAACAGGAAGUCAUGUGGCCUCUCCACCACUGACAGGAAGUAGCUCAGUUGGUGGAUCACCCGAGAACAGUACCUCCCAAAGUGGGCUGAGGCAUAGAUGUGCAAGUGCUGAUCAGAUGAGCACUGUUCCUCACUCUAUACUUCUACAGCGCUCUAGCAGCAGAACAGAUGUCCCCACCUCCCCCAAGACGUCCCCUCCACCUGGUCAGGCCCAGAGACCCAACAGCUUCCUGUUCCGCACCUCCUCCCGCAGCAACGUCAAACCUGCAGUGUUCACUCUGGGUGAGUCCGGCAGGAGCGAGUCACGCACAACGCUGCGUUCUCCUAAAGACGAGAGACCAGACAUCAUGCAGCUACGCAAGACUCUGGAGUCUCGGCUGAAGAUCUCUCUCUCUGAGGAUCUGGGUGAGGCUUUAUGCAACGGCACCGUCCUCUGCCAGCUGGUCAAUCAGAUCAAACCACGCUCCGUCUCAAUCAUCCACGUUCCCUCUCCAGCAGUGCCAAAACUGAGCUCAUCAAAGUGUCGACUUAACGUGGAAAACUUCAUUGGUGCUUGUCGCAAGCUGGGAGUCCCUGAGCUUUGCAGCAGCAGAGUCCAGCUGUCCAUGUUGCAGCAGGAUUCUCUGUGUUCCCCCCAGCUCAUCCUGGAGGACGAGGGGUUGAGUCGGCUUGCCCAGACCGUCCAGGUGUUGGUCGACCUGGCUGACGGGUCCCAGCGCCCCCCAAAGCAGGAAAUAUCUGGGGCUGCGGGUUCAACACAAUGUUAAAGAUUAUCAGUAUCACCACAGGAAGUGAUCUCAGGGCCAGUGUUAUAUUUCAACAUGCUUCAUAUUCUACUUGUUCUUAUGUUCAUAUUCUAGACAUCAAAU